AUGGGAGGGUUGGCUGGGAAGACGGUUGGGAAGGGGAAGGGAUGGAAGGAGGCGGAAGCAGGGAUCAUCGGUGCCGCUACUGCAGGGGGACUGGGGGCGCUUGGGGGAUCUCUGGGGGGAGGCUUGGCGGGAGGUUUGGGGGGGAUUCCGCUGCUCCCUUCCCCUAUCCCUGCUCUUCCGACUGCUGCCCUUCCUCCCCUCCCUUCUGCUGCCCUUCCUCCCCUCCCUUCUGCUGCCCUUCCUCCCCUCCCUUCUGCUGCCCUUCCUCCCCUCCCUUCUGCUGCCCUUCCCCCACUACCUUCCCCCUCUGCCAAUACCACUUCCCCCUCGCUGCCUCUCCCUUCCCCAUCUGCCAAUACCACUUCCCCCUCGCUGCCUCUCCCUUCCCCAUCUGCCAAUACCACCUCCCCCUCUCUGCCCCUCCCUUCCCCCUCUGCCAAUACCACCUCCCCCUCGCUGCCUCUCCCUUCCCCAUCUGCCAAUACCACUUCCCCCUCGCUGCCUCUCCCUUCCCCAUCUGCCAAUACCACCUCCCCCUCUCUGCCCCUCCCUUCCCCCUCUGCCAAUACCACCUCCCCCUCUCUGCCCCUCCCUUCCCCUCUGCCAAUACCACCUCCCCCUCACUGCCCCUCCCCUCCCCUUCUGCCAAUACCACCUCCCCCUCACUGCCCCUCCCUUCCCCCUCUGCCAAUACCACCUCCCCCUCUCUGCCUUCCCCUUCCCCCUCCGCCAAUACCACCUCCCCCUCACUGCCCCUCCCUUCCCCCUCUGCCAAUACCACCUCCCCCUCACUGCCCCUCCCUUCCCCCUCUGCCAAUACCACCUCCCCCUCUCUGCCUUCCCCUUCCCCCUCCGCCAAUACCACCUCCCCCUCACUGCCACCCCCCUCCCCCUCCGCCAAUACCACCUCCCCCUCACUGCCUCUCCCUUCCCCAUCUGCCAAUACCACCUCCCCCUCGCUGCCUCUCCCUUCCCCCUCAGCCAACACCACAGCCACCCCAGCACCGCCCCCCUCUUAGAAUGGCACGACUAUCCCAUACCACACCGCUUCCCCCUUCCUCCUCCUCACUGUCCCCUACAGAUCAACCACAUCAGACCACCCCCAACGACCCCCCCUCCACUGCCAGUGAUCCCAACUCUUCCCGCCCUUGGCUCAUCUCCUUGAAGCAGCUCGGUGUAAAUACAAGUCUCAAUAUAAUUUUGUCAGGUCCGCCAUCUCCACCCGUAUUGCUGCCCUGUGCGCCGCCCCUUCCCCCGCUUCCGCCUUUUGCUGCUCGAUUCUUCGCCCCUGCUCCUCCCCCUCCGCCUUGCACUCCCUUUCCCCCGUUCCCGUCGCUCCCUACUGUUCCUUCCGCCCUCCCUCCACUCCCUUCCGCCCUCCCUCCGCUCCCAUCCGCCCUCCCUCCUCUCCCGUCCGCCCUCCCUCCUCUUCCUUCUGCCCUCCCUCCUCUCGCUUCCGCCCUUCCUCCUCUCCCUUCCGCCAUCCCUCCUCUCCCUUCCGCCCUCCCUCCUCUCCCUUCCGCCCUCCCUCCUCUCCCGUCCGCCCUUCCCCCAACACCUCCUCGGACUUUUGCCCGCCCCCCACUACUUUCCGCCCUUUCUCCGCUACCUUUUGCCCUCCCCCCUCGCCCGUCCGCCGUUCCCCCUCGCCCAUCCGCCAUUCCCCCUCGCCCGUCCGCCGUUUCUCCUCGCCCGUCCGCCGUUCCCCCUCGCCCUUCCGCUCUCCCUCGCCCUUCCGCUCUCCCUCCCAUCCCGUCCGCCGCUUCCCCUCGCCCGUCCGCACUCCCUCCCCUCCCUUACCCCAUCCCGCCUCAGCGUGCUGCUCCUCCACCUCUCCCACCACCCUCCUUUUCCCCCCUGCCCUCUCACGCCCUUUCCCCCAGACCCUCUCCUUCUCUCCCCCCCAGCCCCUUUAUUGCAAUUCCCCCCAAACCCUCUCCUGCCCUCCCCCCCGGCCCAUCUGUUGCAAUUCCUCCCAAGCCUCCUGCUGCAGCUGCGCCCAAACCUACUUCAGUCCCACCCAGACCUCCUUUUGUCGUUGCUCCCAAACCUGCUCCCAUGCCUCCCGGACCUCCGACUGCUGCUGCUCCCAGACCUGCUCCAAUUCCUCCCGGACCUCGUGCCACAGCUGCUCCCAAACCUAAUCAAAUUCCACCCGAACCUUCUGCUGCCGUUGCUCCAAGACCUGCUCCGAUUCCUCCCAGACCUCGUGCCACAAAUGCUCCAAUCCCUCCCGAUCCUCAUGCCGCAACUGCUCCCGGACCAGCUUCAAUUCCUCACAGGCCUCCUGUCACAUCUGCUCCCAGACCUGCGCCGGUCCCAACCAAGCCUCCUGCUGCAGUUGCUUCCUGA